UUAAACAAGAGAGAAGAAGAUAUAUAUAUAUAAAAAAAAAGUAAAAAAAAAAAAAAUGAUGAAAAAGAAGAAAAAAAGAUUCAAUUUUCAUCAGAUAUGAAAAUUUCAUUUACAUUUCAUGCUUAAACAUGUGUAACAUUUGCAUACUUACUGGAUGAUAACUUAUUUAUAGCAGAAAUGAAAUGAAAAGAGGAAAAUACAAUCAUAGCAUAUAUAUAUAUCUGUAUGUAGACCGCAUCGAAAGCAUUUUGAAAAUAGCAGACAUUUAUAUUGCAUUCGCAAGCAGAGAUGAUGGGGAUAGGUUGUGCCGAUAUAUUAUUAUUAUACUAUUGUGCGUAAACAAUAAAUUUCCAUUCAUUCAUCAAAUCUUUUGGCCACAUUCACGUACACAUCAUCUACGUGAACGAGCAUCUAUCUGUGUACGCGCAAGUAAUCAAUCUUUUGUGAAUCGCAAUAACAAUUCAGAUCGAGACACUAUAGCAUGCGGAAUAAUAUGAAAUUAUUCCGAAGAGAGAUCAAAUACUAUUUGAUUACAAUGGAAUCCAAUUAAUGCAAAAACAAAUUAGGGAAUGGGCUUUACAUAAAGCUAAGAUUGUUUUGCCAUGAUGACAGAGAUUGACCAGAGUUGAUAGGAGAGGAUACAUACGUUCAAAAGAUAGAUAAUCCAAGAUAAAGAGCGAUAUGCUUUCGAAUAAUUAUUGACUCGUUGCGUAUUUCUUCACAAUAUUCUCGCUUGCCAUCUCUGUCCUACAUUUCCUUUUUGCAUAAUUUUCCGCAAAUCUUUCACUUAAAUGGCCAUGUUUUCGAAUGAAAGGGAGGAUACUAAAAGCUGAAGUGUUUGUCACUCGUCCGUCCAAGUCUAAAUGAAUUAUUUUUUGCUUUCUUUCCUUCUUGCAUUUGAAGAGAAUAGUUGUCUCGACAUGAUUGGUACUAGAGUCAUAGUUAUCCCGCAGGAGAUAGUAACAAUGAAAACACGAAACAACACAGACGACAGAUUGUUUGGUGUUCAACUGUAUGUGAAAACAACAAUCAAUGUUUAUCCAUCCGUAGUUCAUAGUACAGUGCGGUUUACAGUCAAAUUAAUGCACACUUUUAUACUUUAGUUAGGUUUAAUUGUGUGGACCGACUCUAACAUUGAUGUUCUUUUGACAUUAUUCGUUAGUAGGCUCUGUUUGUCUCCUUUAAAAAAUAUGAUCGGUACCUAAUCUUGUAUAAAAAUACUAUCAAUGCAAUUUCGGAUUGAUAUAUGAUCCUUACCCUAAAUAUAUGUUAAAUUGUCCGUCCCCGUGUUGUGUUAGCACAUGUAAUAAAAGGCUUUGCUUUAACUUGAUUAUAUGUUCCUUCCCACAAAAGUUAUGUAUAAGUACGCAGAAAAAAUUUAUGUUUACUUGGUAGAGGUCAAAGGAAAAUCAAUGAAACAGUUUUGUUUUCUCCAAUUAUUGUGAUCCAAAAAUUCGUAAGACCUUUGCCCUUUGGUAAUAGAUUGUGUCUUCAAUAUGUCUAAAUUCACAAUUCCAGCCUUAUUUGACGACACAGCAGCCGUAAUGUUUUUGAAUGUUGUAAGAGUUCGCUCGAAUUCGGGACAAUUGUUGACUUCGGCCGCGAAUUUUCAUAACGAUCCCAAGUCUCAUCGACAGUUUUAUAGAUCGCCCAAUAAAUCAUUCCAUUCAGUGCGUUACUUGUUGCAAAAUCACUUGAGGGUUUCCUUUCCUUGUACUUGUUUCCUUCACUCGCCAGUUAGAAAUUUCGGCACUCACUUUGUGUAAUUUUCGGCUUGAUAAAGGGAGCGAAAUACAAUCGUAAAAUCAUUAUUUCAUUUCAAAUGUCUUUUCCUCUUAAGAUUUUCCCAUUCGAUCUUAAUAUGAACUCUUAUCCAUCGUGAUCAACGUUAUGAGUGCAGGUGUAGGAGACAUCCUCUAGAUCGCUGCUGACCCCAAAGCGAAAAAAAACACCACAUUAGUCUCUUCUUUUUCCUCAUUUUAAGUUGGGGACAUACAUUCUUGAAGGAGACAAGAAAUCUUUAAUCAAUUCCUUUGAAAGUCGUUUCCUUCAUUCCGAUCCGCCCGAUGUUUGCAUCGUCCUGUUAACAUUGAAACCUUACAAUAGAGCUACAUGCGUAAUAAUAAUAAUGGUUUGAACGUGCUGUAACUAUACAUAGAUUAACACUCUAACCACACUCUUAACUUGCAACGUUACAUUUUCAGCAAAGUAAAUUUGAUUUUACCGUCAAUUGUUUACUACUACUUACUUAACCAUAUUUGCCGAAAAUUACAAAUAUAUUUGUUAUUGUAGAGUAAAGCAAAAAUAUUUCCUUUCAGUAGCAAUUUGAACGACCUUGGGUUAUUUACAUUAUUUAACAUUUGCUAAUUAUUAUAAAAUGACAUCAUAUUAAAAAACCGGUGGAUAAGGUAAUAAUGUUUAUUUAUUUCCAAUUAAAUAAACAAAACAUUAUAUCCAUUGUUAUAUAAACAAUUAAUAUUGUCUUUCUUGGACUUUGAAUUGGAACGGAGGAAAUCAGCAAUUGAAAACUUUUGAAAGCAUGAAGAAAGAUUAGUAAAUAGUGUACAGUUAAAGACGGGUCCUCGUUUGUUCGUAUCAAGUUAUUAAAAAUAAUCUUGCAUGCGAGUGUAACUUCAAUUUAGAGUUCAGGAUGAUCGGAAAGGGGCAGUAAAAAAACAAAAACUAAUGCAAUCACAAAGAGUAACUCACCUUACAAGCGUCCACGAAAGAACCUAGAAUAAGAAUGUAAUAAGAAUAAGAACACAGUCCUUCGAAACCAUCGUCAUCAGGAUUACGAUGGUUUGUGCCCUACACCAUUUCUGACACCCAGUUAUAGAAGAUUUGUGCGGAUGUGUGCAACACAGUGAAGAAUCAUAUUUUCUUAAACUUGCUUCGUUAAGCUUGUCGUCUGGCCGUCUGUCCUUUUUCUUUUCUUGUGUAUAGGCCACAAUUUUUCAGAUAUUUUGAAGGAGUUGGAAUGGAGUGAAGGAGGACCACUUUUCUGACCACUUACUUUCCCUAUUAUGCCUUAAUUCGACAAGUUGUUAUAUGAGUAAAUGUAACGAUGGGCACUGAUUAACUAUAGCGCUUUUAAUUGUUUUUAAAUUUCUUAUAUGUAUUCUGGCUCAUCUUAAUAUCAAAAUUUUUAAACAUAGCGAACAAUACGAGAAAGUUGCUGUAACCUUAUGACACCGGCUAAGAAUACAAUUUGAAAACUGAAAUAAAUAUUUAACAAUCAAAGCGACUGUUGUGCGGCAAGACGUGCUAUUAUAAACAAAAAAAAGUGAAUACAAAAUUAGUGAAUAACAGUUUACGUUUAAAGCAGAGCGCCGUAGCGCAUGCGCUUUUCAAUUAAAGAUAAAAAAAAAAAGAGAUUAAAUUUAUUCUUUAAAUAGAAGUGAGAUGAAAUUCCCGGAUUAUGUGCCGAAUAACAUGAUUGUGGGUGAUCGUACAACGUGGGAAUAUCAUACAGUGUCUGUAACGCGUGUACCGGGGUAUGGUUUUGGUAUAGCCGUUUCCGGUGGACGUGAUAAUCCUCAUUUUGCCAAUGGUGAUCCUUCUAUAGCUGUGUCAGAUGUUUUGAAAGGUGGUCCCGCAGAAGAUCGUUUACAAGUUAAUGAUCGGAUUAUAUCAGUUAAUGGUGUUUCGUUGGAGAACGUCGAAUACGCUACUGCUGUUCAGGUGUUACGUGAUAGCGGUAAUACUGUAACUUUGGUUGUAAAACGUCGCGUACCUCUUAACACAAUUCCACAAGCCAUCAGUCAUCAGCAACAGCAACAGCACCAGCAGCAGCAACAACAACAACAACAGCAACAGCAGCAUCAUCAUCAUCAACAGCAGCAUAGCAUAAGCGCUGUAGGUCUUAAUUCAAUGAUCACUCCGCCUGCAACGAACCCCAAUUCCCUAAUGAAUACCACUGCAAAUAUUGGCAGUAUGAGUCAACCGAACUCUUUAAACUCGUCAAUGAUUCAGACUUCAAAUGGCAACAGUCAGCCUAUUAAGGUUACCCUUACCAAAAAUAAUAAAAAAGAUGAUUACGGCAUUGUCUUGGGAUGUCGUCUCUUCAUCAAAGAGAUCUCAACUAAGGCGCGCGAUCAAUUGGCUGCCAAUGGUUAUACUUUGCAAGAGGGGGACAUUAUUACUCGUAUACAUAAUACCAAUUGCGGGGAUAAUAUGAGCCUUAAAGAGGCGAAAAAAAUAAUUGACGGCUGUAAGGAACGUUUAAAUUUGGUUGUUUUGCGUGACAUUGCAAAUCAAGCGGCCAUCACGAAUCAGUUGAACAAUUCGAAUAAUCAGUCCAAUAUGUACAACAGUAGCAGUCAUCAGCCUCAGUUAUCGAAUUGCAGCAAUAAUUUAGAUGAUCCGUAUUUGAAUGGUGGCGCGAGCUAUUCCUCGCAAAAUCUAUACGUUCAACCACCCACAAGAUCGAUACUUAAUGGCCCGUCGAGCGGUUUAAAUGAUGAAAAAAGUAAUUUAACACCUCGUGGCCGAUCACGAGGCCCUAUAAUGGAUGGUAUAGUUUUGCAGCAAUUGGAUAGACCGUCAACACCCCCAAAUGCGGCAAGUUCAAGAGCACGUGGCUUAGACGAUCCUCCUCGGCCGCCACCGCCAAGAAAUUCAACGAACAAUGCCGAAGACUUUUAUAGUUCACGGCGGCAAUUGUACGAAGAUGAAGCUUUGGUUCGAUCUCGCCAAUCGGCCGAACCGCGUUUUAUAUCAUUCCAAAAAGAAGGCAGCGUGGGUAUACGUCUAACGGGUGGCAACGAGGCGGGCAUAUUUGUUACUGCGGUACAGCCGGGAUCGCCAGCGUCCCUUCAAGGCCUGACACCGGGUGAUAAGAUUCUAAAAGUGAACGAUAUGGACAUGCACGGUGUAACGCGUGAGGAGGCCGUAUUAUUUUUAUUAUCACUACAGGAUCGCAUAGAUUUAAUUGUCCAAUACUGCAAAGAAGAAUACGAUGAAGUUGUUAACAAUCAAAGAGGUGACUCGUUUCACAUCAAGAUUCACUUUCAUUGUGAAAAUCCCUCGAAAGGAGAAAUGGCUUUUAAGGCGGGCGAUGUGUUUCGAGUGAUUGAUACUUUGCACAAUGGCGUGGUAGGAUCAUGGCAGGUAUUGAAAAUCGGUCGUGGCCAUCAAGAAAUGCAACGUGGAGUUAUACCCAAUAAAUCCCGGGCCGAAGAAUUGGCGACCGCACAAUUUAACGCCACGAAGAAAGAAAUGAAUACUAAUGAAUCGCGAGGCAAUUUCUUUAGACGUAGAAGAUCCACACAUCGACGUUCGAAAAGCUUAUCACGUGAAAACUGGGAUGAUGUAGUCUUCUCGGAUAGUAUUUCGAAAUUUCCCGCCUAUGAGCGUGUUGUGUUGCGCCAUCCCGGCUUUGUUCGCCCUGUGGUUAUAUUUGGUCCUAUUUCAGAUUUGGCUCGGGAGAAAUUAGCCAAAGAUUUUCCAGAUAAAUUCUCUACGCCCCUGCAGGAUGAUGACAAAAGCAAUUCCAAGUGUCGCAUAGUACGUCUCUCGAAUAUACGCGAUGUUAUGGAUCGCGGAAAACAUGCCCUACUCGAUAUUACCCCCAACGCUGUGGAUCGUUUAAAUUACGCUCAAUUCUAUCCGAUUGUCAUAUUCUUGAAAACCGAUAGUAAACAUAUUAUCAAACAAUUACGUCACGGUAUGCCAAAAUCAGCUCAUAAAAGCUCCAAAAAAUUACUGGAACAAUGUCAGAAACUGGAACGUGUAUGGUCUCACAUCUUUAGCACACAAAUUGUCCUGAGCGACGAGGAAAGUUGGUAUCGAAAGUUAAGAGAUGCCAUAGACUUACAGCAAAGCGGUGCCGUAUGGAUGUCAGAAUCAAAGCCCGUUGAGUCCCUUUCGGAUGAUUUCCUAUUCCCUAUGACCACAUCCCGUUUGUCGUAUGCAUCCAGUCCUGAAUCCGAUUUGGAAUUAAGUCCUGGGCCGUCAGCAUCUCUGUCGCUCGGCAAUUUACCGCAAUUGGUUAAGUCCAGCUCAGAUCCAUCGAUUGCCACUAAUCAGGACAACUUGGAUAGGGACAGAGACAUAAUUGGUGAAGGACUACCACCUCCAUAUACGAUUCCGUACGAUCAUGCUGUCAACCCGACAAAUCGUCGCCAAACUAUGGAAACAUCAAAGUAUGGUAUUAGCGGCGGUGGCGUUGCCGGUUAUUCGUCUUCUGAUCCUGCGACACCUGCUAAUCGCCCUCAAUCAUUAUAUGGGAUUAAUGCUCCCGAUCUGCCACCACGCAUAGAUCGUCAAUCGAAACCGGGCCCUGGUGAAUUGCCUAUUAAUACGCCACCGUCACGUUCCAAUAGUUCGGGCGGCACAAUGGCUCGUACAGCGCAGGAACGUCUUUUCGGCAAAGCCAUUGUUAGCGAUGACGUUCAAGCGGAGUAUAUUACUCGUACCGCUAACAAUAAUAGUAAUAAUAAUAGCUCGACGGCGGACGCCCUUGAACGUCACCAUGCCUCUUUGGAACGCCAGGCUCGCUUAAAUGCUGCGCAAUCGAAAUUAUUAACACCGGCCGGUGCCAGUUUACCACCUCCUUCGUCUGCUUCGACUCAACCCAAUGGUUCUUAUGAUAGCGUAUCCAGCUAUGAUUCAUACAGUGCUACGCAAUUAGCUAUGCAAAAUUUAGGACGCUUAGGUCCUAAUGCACCCGAUGAUCUCAAAUCAGUGCCAAAUGCCAAUGCUGGUCGUCCUCUACCUCCGGUAGUUUUGAACGCUCAACAAUCUCAGCCUGAAUACGGCCGCACUACACAUGACCAUCGUCAAUAUGGUGGUGGCGCUGGUGGCGUUGGCGGUGCAAACGAUCUAAAUCGUCAAAAUAGUCCCGGUCGGCCACCUUUCCAUGAUAUCAAUACCACGCGAAAUAUAGAUCCUCGUACCGGUCCACCGCAGCGUCCUUCCAAUCUAGGACUGGAAGGCAGUCCCCGUAAAGUCGAAACCAAAACUGAUUAUGGAAAAUACAGCCGUAGUAACUCUGCUUCACAAGCUGAUUAUAAUAAAUUAUCAAAAACUGCAUCGGGGCCUCCAACGUCACAUAUGGUUGUACCGCCAGCGAAUAUAAAUGGUAAUAAUACACCUAGUAGUUCGGGUAGCGGACCUUUUAAGCCGGUACCACCACCGAAACCGAAAAAUUACAGACCACCACUCCAAAAUGCUGCUAACGCUAGUGCUGCACAUCAAUGGGACACCGGGGAACCGGGAUCACCACGCUCACCAAAUGGUUUUUAUUAUCCUCCUGUUCCUUCCCACCAUCAUUAUGGCCCACAAGCAACACCGGGCUCUCCACAUCACGGACCAGCUAGUAAUACAAGUAUAUCUGCGACAUAUGCCUCAAAUAAUAAUUACGGUCCUCCCGCAACACCCGGUUAUCCUACACCCGUUAAUGGUUAUAAUACUGGUAAUGCAGGUACAAGUCAUCAUUAUAAUGGAGGCAGCGGAACCGGACCAUAUAUAGCGCCACAUCGUGGCAUGCCACCACCCAUAGAUUUGGCCGGUAGUCGUGAACAGCGUGGCUCAGCUUUUGAAUUGUAUCGUAAACCACAAAUCGGUACAACCGGGCACCAUCACAAUUUAAGCGAGAUGGGUUCACCAUACGGUAGCGCUCAAGAGCAAUUAUACACUGAUUACUAUGGCUUGCCGCCGCCGCAACAUAAGCAACCGCCACCUCGACGUUCGAAAUCGGCGCCACGCUAUCCCUACGAUUUACCGCCUGCGCAUACAGUCAACACUGGCUACUAUCGUAAUAAUUACGUAACGCCGACGAACCCUUAUCACUUACAGCAGUAUUAUCCGGAAAAUGAGAUACCCCCACCGUUGCCGCCACCUAAAGUGAAAAAAAAAUCACUUUUAAAAAGUCCUUUAACGGUUAUAAAGAAUGCUUUAAUCAAAUCAACUCGUCCCCUAAGACGUAUGAAUAGCAUGGUUGAGCCGGAACGUAAAGCAAAAGGUUUAAGGCGUCAACAUUCGAUGUUGGAACGUGGCGUUCAACGGCCCUAUUACCCCGAUGAGUAUCCCACUUAUCCAGCCGGUCUGGAUGAACGAUAUUAUGCACCUAGAGGGCCCAUUACACCAGAAAUGCAUCAUCAUCAUCAUCAUCACCAUCAGCAGCAGCAGCAGCAGCAUCAGCAACAGCAGUAUUAUUCAAAAGAUCAACAUCAACAACAACAAAAUUGCUCUAGUCUUAAAUUAUCCGAUAAUGCGUACAAUCAAAAUGUAAUGAAUGGUACUUACCAGAAUUUGGAAACUGAAGAUAUUUACGGUCACCUGAGUACAGUGCCUAGGGGAGGUCGUCUGAAACCGUCCAAUGAAGAAUGGAACGGCUAUGAGGACGAUAAGCUCUAUGUCAAUCGAGCCCUAAUCGAUUUGGAAAGGCGGCAAGCUGAAGCAAUGGCUGCCAUGCAAGGCCGCAACGGUAGAAGAAUUAUUCGCAGGCAUAGUACAACAACAGCCGAUCGUGUUAGCAAUCAACGUAGACCUUUAAUGUUGGCUAGCGAUUAUGAUCGUAAUGAGGAUUUACUACUUAGUAAACCUUGUCUCUAUUCGAAUGAUGAUAUACAACAUAGGGCUCCAAAUUCAGAAGUUAUGACUCGUCGACGAUUCUAUCCGGGGACUUCUCAUGAAAUCGCCGAUAUGAACGAUCCGAUAUAUCAGUCACGUCGUGACGUACAACGUGAAAUGCAAAAACGUCAUUUAUAUCAGACCAAAAAAGAGAUGCAAGAGCGCAUUAUACAAGGUAAACGUGAUAUGGAAAAGGAAUUCAGCCCUCAGAGUAGUAGUACACAUUCCGAAAUGGAUGAGAAGUCUGAGAGAGACUUCAUGUAUCAGAGCAAACGUGAAUCAAAGGAUGGAGCUUUAAAAACGCGAGCCCAAUUACGAGAGCAAAUCUAUCAGACAAGGCGUGAGGCUUUAGAAAGUAUGGCCGAGCCUGGCUAUAUCACGAAACGUGAUAUAGGUCGACCCGAGCCAAUAUACGAAACAAAAGAGGAAAGUAUUCUACAAUCGAGAGAAAACGAGACCGACGAGAAAAAGGAAAGCAAACACGAUAUUACUGUAGUCGAAAUUAAUCGUGAAUCUGAUAGCUUAAGUCGGUCCGAAUUGCAAAAAUCUUCAGAUACUGUCAUAGAGAAUACCAUUGAUGUUAAUGAGAUGCAGAUUUCUACUCCUAACUUAGCCUCGAAAGCCCCAUUGGUGCAAAGUGAAGAUUGCGAUGAUUUAGAUAAUGAACCAAUCCAAGACUUCGAUAAAACCGAAAUGCCAACAAUGAUUGAAAAUGAGCAUAAGCGUGCCAUGCUAGAAGCUGAAGAAAGCCCUGUUGAAAUGAAUGCUAGCGCAAGUAGAUCCGAUGAAGUGUUCGAAGUAACGAAAACGUCAAAUGUUUUAAGCGAAAAAUCUCCGAUAAAACUUUUAGUAGAUUCACCCAACUCGCCUAUAGGUCAGGUAAUACAACGACCUAUGCGCACUCCUUUUCAUAUAUCGAAUAUCUUAAAGCGUACCGCCCCACCGCCAACACUGAAACCUUUAAAUGAAAGCCGCACGUCGGUGGAAACUCAAUAUACAUCACAGGCUAGUUUGCCGGUGGGACCUCCAAAUGCCACUAGUACCCCUUAUACGAGCAAUAUGUCUUUGCCUAUAGCUGGCCCAGUGCCUAUUACGGCACCCGCUGCGGCCAGUUUACCGGGUCAAGGAUCUUUUCCUCCGAUACCGCGUGAGCCAAUCACUACGAGGGGAAUCUUCGAUAGCACAGGUGGUACUUUGACCGAUACUGUCUGGAAUGUAUCACUUCAAAUACCUCCCCUUGCUAUAGCGGCUGGCGUACGUCAAGAAAUCUACUUUACUGUGAGUGAUCCGCGCUUAGGACAAGCUGUAGGCGGCCCUCCUUUGGAUAUGGAAAAUGGUGAAACCAUGUUGUCGCCAUUAGUUAUGUGCGGCCCUCAAGGACUUGAAUUUUUGGUACCUGUCACUCUAAACAUACCACAUUGCGCUGGGCGUACAGCCUCCUUGGGUUUGGCUCUAAAAGCUACCGAUAGCGAAAAAAAUUUACAUACCGAAUGGGAUAACAUCGAUUUACCAAGCAAUGCCGCAGCUCAUACCGUAUCCGUUAAAGUGGAUCAUUUUUAAAAGGAAAAAAAAAGUAAUAAACAAAAAAAAAAAAAAAAAAAAAA